AUGAGUAAUCCAUCAACCAACAACAUUGUUACCAUACCAGAAUCACCUCCUCCUCCACUUCCUCUGAUGCGACAAUAUUCGAAUCCGAAAAAUCACCUGGAUGGUAGCAAGUGUCGUCGUCAUCGUCAUCACUCAUCGGCUGAUGGCAGCAGCAACAACAACAACAAGUACACGACACCAUCUCGCUUGGUAGUAACAACAGCUAGGUCGCCCAUGCCAGAAGCCCGCCAAGAUGCUUCGUCGUCCUAUGAAAUUCGGACUCCUCCUCCUCCGCAAGAACAUCGGUCCUUGGUAUCCAAAGAUUCUCAUGUAGCAGCAUCCUUGAGGCAACCCCUGUCGUGGUCUCCUCAUCAUCAGCAGCAUCAUCAGCACCAAGACGUUUCAAAAUCAGGAUCCAUCGAUAUCACGUCAGCAUCUCCACUCGAUGGGUGGCCACAACGAAGUCCCAUGGAGCACGAUGACGAUGCCGAUGUGGCCUCCUUUGCCUUGUUUACUCAAUCCUUUGAUACCAUUUCGGAGAGUGGACAUUACUUUCGAGAGGCAGAUGCUACCGCCACAACAACAGCAACAACAACCACGCAAGGAGAUUUGCUGCCUCGCAAGUUGGAUCUCAAGCCUCGAAGCAACCAUGGUGGUCAUCAUCAGAAGCCGCAUGCCAAGGAGGAUGCUUUGGUGGGAAAUCUCUCACCAAUUCAGUUGGGACCGGAGGAAAGUACUCCACCACCAGCAAGAGCCAAACGAUCAGCGCCACCUCAAGUCCAUUACCCCCAUCAGCAGUACCACCCUCAUCCACAGCCGCCAUUUGAUCCGUAUCAUGGUUAUCCACCUCCUCCACACCCGGAUCAACCGCCGACACCCUAUUACCAGUACGAUGGGACACUGCCACCCCCACCGCCGCCACUAGGUUUCGACGAAGGCUAUGGGUAUUCUCCUCCUCCUCCUCCAGGAUAUGAUCCACGAGGUCCUCCUCCCCCACCCACUGCUGGGCACUAUCCACCACCACACCCACCACCACAUGUUGCCACGAUGCAACGAUCCAAUCCCUUUUAUGUCUUGCGGACGGCCCACCGGGCAUUCUUGGGAUGUUCUUAUUUGCUGCCUUGUUUGGAAAAUCGAGAAGUCAUUCCCAUUCAUUUGGGAGCGCACUCGAGUUUUCGAUUGCUCCAGGAUCCAACCUGCAUUCCAGAUGCCCAUGAAGUCAUUGUGGCCAAGCAACGGGUGGAAACGGCCAUUUGCACGUUCGGUGGCCAGCUGUCAUCCGCUGUGGUGCAAAAGGAUGCCAUUUUUCGUCGACGCCUUGCAAGUAAUAAAUCGAGUUGGAAGAAGCUGUACGACGAUCGGUUUCAUGGACGAUAUGUGGUCAAGCCAACCCACAUUGAUUGGCGCCUGGAAGAGAAUCCACCGGUCCAUUACGAGCGAAAUGCUGCUGCUGCUGCUGCCAAAGCAAAUCGCCAAUUGGCAAGUGGCAAUCCAAGUGGCAAUCCAAGUGGAAAUGCCAAUGGCGACUGCGAAAUGGAGGAAGACAAUGCAGACUCUAUGGUGUCGGUGGUUACCCUGGAGAAUAAUCAACAAAAGAUGAAAUAUCGAUGCAAACUUUGUGGCCAGUUGAAGCAGAAUCACAGUUGUCCAUAUCAACAGUCGCUCCAGAGAAGCAUUGGAAUCAAUGUGUAUCCCGCCGUCAAUGCCUUUACGGCCAGGGAGCCGGGUCGUUUGACCAAGUCACUGUCGGAAAUGAACAAUUUUGUUUCCUAUGAAUCAUCAAGCCAGAAUGCUGGUGUUCCAAAGUCGUUUCCCUCUUCCUCCUAUGUGACUCCGGAAACCAAGGCUCGAGACAUUCAUUCAUCGCCGUCCUCGUUGACGACUGUGGACAGUAUGGAAGGAAAGGAGGAUGGCAGUACACCAGUUUCCAGUCGCAUCAAGUCGUCCAAGAGACGCGACGCGAAGCCCUUUGUCAAGACGUUGACGCUUCGGCAAGAACACUUUCGUGCCGUGACGCCCAUGGCGAGUGAGGGAGGUUGCGACUACCAGUAUCCACAUGUGCCACUUAGCUUUCGGGAGCGAAAGCGUUUGAGCGACACAUUAUUUUUCUUGUCAAAGGAGAUUCCGGACAUGACAGUGCCGGUCGCGUCUCUCUUGCGGACAGCGAGGAGCAGGAACGAAUGGGACUUGUGCGUCGCCGAGCUCUUGACGCAAAUUGUUGUUGGGCUUUACUGCCGAGAAGGGGACCAUCGAUUGGAUGGCUUGCAAGAUUACCUUUUACGAUUGGGAGUAGCAUGUUGA